AUGUCCUUUUUCAAGAAGUUCGAUGAGCUGAAGGCCAGCUUCUCAGACAAGCCACCGCAAGGAGGCGAACGCGGCUAUGGCGAGCCCCCUUACGGCCAACAGCCACCAUACGGGCAGCAGCAGCAGCAGCCAUACGGCCAGCCUCCAUACAGUCAACCUCCAUACGGCCAACCUCCAUAUGGUCAGCCGCAGCAGUAUGGCCAGGCUCCGUAUGGGCAGCAGCCGCCGCCACCGCCGCAGCAAUAUGGACAGCAGCCGCCGUACGGGCAACAGCAGCAGCCAUAUGGCCAGCCGCAGUAUGGGCCUCCUCCACCACCUCAAGGCCCACCGCCCCCUCUUCCGGCCGGCUGGGUUCAGCACUGGGACCAGGUGAAUCAACGUGCAUACCAUGUCGAGCAGGCCACUGGUCGUUCCCAAUGGGAGGCCCCAAGCAUGAGCUCAGGAGGGUAUGAUACUCGCGGCGACGCAAGCAGCAAUAGUGCAUAUUAUGCCGGAAAUGCGCCUGGCCCUGCUGUUGGCAUGGCGGGAGCAUCUGGAGCAGGAGGAUAUGGCGCAUCCAACUACGACAGCUCCCAUGUCAGCUAUGGCACGGAGAAGGAGAAAGAUAAGGAUAAGAAGAAGAGCUCUAACACGGGAGCGAUGCUGGCUGCUGGUGUCGGUGGCCUUGCUAUUGGUGCGGUAGGCACUGCGGUCAUCGCACAUGAGAUUAAUGAACAUGAGGAAGAGGAGCGCGAGGAGGAGCUUGAAGAACGCCAGGAAGAAUAUGGCGGUUCAGAUUCGGGGUCUGACGGCGGUGACUACAGCGACUAG